AUGUUGGUCCAAGGAUUUAUCUCGCUGGUCUUUCUGCUCUCUGUGGCAGCAGCUGCACCAGUCGAUAACGACCUUGUCCAGCGCGCUGUAAUCUCAGCAUCUUCCUUCUGUAAAGCAGUCAAUGCUGUCGUGACCGCAGUCAACGAACAAUCAAGCGCGAGCGCCUUCUGCUCCUCGUACCUAUCCAUCCCUGUGGUCACCACCGAAACGACUUCUACACGCACCGGAACCAGCACUGCUACGACCGCGGUGACAACCCGCGUUACGACGAUAACUGUUACCGUAGCAGCGACUGUGGCUGUAUCUUCCACAAGCAGUAUCACUAAUACGGUUACUACAACUGCAACAAUUCCGACUGGAACGACCACAGUUUUGGUCACCCACGAUGCAGCGGCAUGCAAGAAUCCGUACUCAGCUAGCACGGUUCAGAAGCGUACUGUUGCCGUGAAGCAAAAGCCCGCGUGUCUGGGCUCUUAUAGUAUCGGCGCAGUCCUUUCUUCGGCAUGUAGCUGUUUGUCCGUGCCUACUUCGACCACGACGGUUGUCCUUUCGACGACUUCAACAGCCACGGUUACCAUAACCGCGAGCAUCCUUGGAACGACAAUCACGACCACGACAGCCACCACAACGACCACCGAUGUGGUGUUGGCUACUACAACUCUCACAGUCGGCACUACAGUCUUGGUACAAGCCACAGUAACCUCCACCGCAGUCACUGGGACUUUCCAGCUCGUUGCUACAGGCGAUCCAACAGUCAGUGGCGCCUACGCAACAAACACAUAUACCUCUUCAAACUACGUCGGCAACAACGUCGUAUUCUCUGCCACACAAGCCAACGGAGAGCUGUUCUCUAUCGCUGCGAACGGCAAUCUUGUCGACCAAAGUGGAGGUCAGGUUGGCAACAUCGCGGACACAGCCACCACUCCUAAUCCUGCCUAUGUUUUUAUCAAUCCACCGUCGACUAUCAGCGAGAAUGGCUUCACACCACUGACAUGCACCAUCAGCGUCAAUCCAGCAGACGGUACUUGUCCUGUCUCGUGCACGGAGAACGGUAGCAGUAUUAGCUACGAUGGUAGCACACCAAGUGGUGUUGACGGUCCCAGCGGGUGCGGGAACGGGUUCUGGACGCUGGGACAGGCUGGGUCGCUAGCUUGUCCUAUCCUGACGAUCCUUGCCGUGAAUUAG